UGCACAUACAGCAUAAGAACAAAAUGUUUCACAAAAUUUUGGGAUUUUUCUUUACUUUCAUUCGUUUAAUAUAUAGAGCGAAUACGCUUGAAAACGAUUUAAACGUGAACGACAUUUUACGUACGGAUCUCAUGCCUACGUAUUUCAUGGAAGAUAAAGAAAAUCAAAUGUCCAAUUUAACCAACAGCAAAUAUAAUUUUGUUCCACCAAUUAAUGGAUCUAUUGAUGCUGCCCUGUCUACACUGGCUUUUCACAGAAAGAUGAUGAACGAGUACCAUUGUCGUAAUUACGUGGCAGAACAAAUUUUAGAAGAAAUGGGCAAAAGCGCCUUGCAAAAUCGAGUAGGUAUACCAUUUCAGUGGCACGACUCUAAAUUAUUUACGAAGAGAUCACAAGACGUUAGAAACAAUUUUUUGUACGAUAUAGGAUCUGCUAAUUACCAAGAAUGGUUGGCCAAGGUAGCAUCUCUGAAUGACGUUAAUUGGAAUAAUAACAAGGCAGCCAAUUUACAAUUUGGGAAAGUCAAUACGUCUGCUGCUGUGGCCACUCCACACACUCCUAAUUUACAAACGAGAGAAGGUUACGAGGUGUACGAAGGAGGCGAAGUGAAUUAUGCUGAACCCGGAAUAGUCGCUCAUGAUAUUGCCAAAUACAGUGGUGGAUACGAAUAUUCUAUGCCUCCUCCCCCACCGCCAAUGCACCAUCAAUCUAAGCCACGAGAUCACCAUACAGCAGAAGACGAAUAUGUCGUAGAACGGGAAUCGCAUGGGUUAGGACUAGCUGAUCUUUUUGAUGUAUCGCUUACUGGAAUAGCCUUUUUGUCCUUCGGAAUGUUUGUGCUACAAGUUUUAAUGUGUAUUACUACGAAUCCACAACAGCCUCCUGUUAUGCAAAUAGAUAAUGGCGGUGAUUCAGUGAACAUUGAAGAGGUCUUUCGAGUUAAAAGGGAUUCUCAAUUGCAUUACACGCGAGAGGAAAAUGCAACUCCAAUUCCUGAGCAGCAAGGUUCAAUAUCGACCAUGAACACGCUUGUUCGUUACGCCUUGAUGGCCGCAAAACCACGUUCAACGGCUUGUCUGUACAGAGUACUGUGCUUAGGAAACAAGCUCGCAAGAGAUCUUCGCGAUGGUAAUCGCUUCUGGUUGCCUGUCUGGCACACAGCAGUGGCGUGGUUGCGGGGAGGAGCAUUGGGUGCGUUGCAAGCCGUCGCACUUGGCUUGGGUGGUGCUUCAUGUGAUAAAAUAUAUCCCUCAGUCGAUUGUGACCCCAAUUGAUAGAGUACAAAAGUUUAUAUUCUACAUAACAAAACCACAUUGAAGGUCUGUUAACUAUUCUUUGCAAAAUAAACAUUUCGAUUUUACAAA